AUGGUGGGACAAGACAUGUUUUUCACAAAGGGAUGGUCAGUAUUUGUCUUAGAGAACUCACUUGACGAUGGUCAUUUACUAGUUUUUUACUAUGAUGGGGAAAUGACUUUCAACUUUACGCAUUACGAUCAUUCGGCAUGUGAGGUCGAAGAAGAAGAAAAGUCUAAGAGGUUUGGGCAGACAAGUUCGAGGAAGAAGUGGCAUACUUGUUUCUCUUCUUCUUCAAUUUUCAAAUACGGGCUUGUUAAGACUCCGGAAAACCCUUUUUUCGUGACGAAACUUCAAAGAAAGAAACCAAAUGGACUGCAUGUUCCUGCUGAUGUGAUGAGAAACUAUGGCAUUAAGCUUCCUUCGACGGUUUUGAUAAUCGAUCAAGAAGGGAGACAAAUCUAUACCGAGGUGGUGACAUGGACAGAUGGGAGGACGAGGAUUGUGGAGGGAUGGAAGUUAUUUGUGAGGAACAACAACCUUAACGAAGAAGACAGGUGCAUUUGUGAGAUCGUGGUCAACGAUGAUGAACCACCGCAAGUACUUUUCUUGAAGAUGACGGUUCUUCGAGCUGGUUCAUGGCUUCCCAAAUUAAUAGGCCGUCAUAAUAAUUAG